CUCCGGUCCCGCCAACACUCCGCUCCACAAUGAUCCAGUCCUUUUUUAUCCCUAAUCCCUCCGCGGUUCCAAUGUUGUGAUUGGAUGCUCACUGCUUGUCAGGAAGAAAGGAGUGUUGUGUUGAGGCUGAAAACAGGACCACAAGCAAUAAUUAGUCAAUAUUGGGUAAUUUGUUAAUAAAUGGUGGAGGUGCAGGAUCCCCGCAGUCAGACCAGACAGACCGCUGUUUCUCUCCCCACUCUGCGUCGCUCACUACGGGUCACAGUGUUCCAAACCCACCGCUACUUUAACCACACAUGAUGGGGGUGCCGUGCGGCGACACAGACGGAAGCUUAUCUUAGCUCUUUAUCCUUCCUAUAGCACACAACACGACCCACCUUUUGGUUCCGGUAACCUGAGGCUGUCGAACCUAGGAAAUACUGAUACAUGGAGCAGCACAGAGUGGAGCCACCAUGUCGCCUUCUUGAAAACAGAUCCGGUGCUGAAACUGCAUAACGGCUUUUAGAAGCUGGUUUCCGUUUUCUCUAAAAUCAACCCGUUCAACCCUCUGCAUCAGUAAAAAUGUUACAAUGGGAGAAAAAUUGUGAGAAAUCAAGUGGACAAAAAAUGCUCCAGAGAGGUCAAUUUACCUCUCAACACUGACUUCAAUUCAGAAGAUGCUGGGAAUAUUUCGUGGACGAAGGAAGUUCCUGGCAGCCUCUCUUGUCUUGUUUUUCAUCCCCACACUCACCUGGCUUUACCUGUCAAUUGGAAAUUUUCAAGUGAAGUCCUUACCCCUAUCUUCAUUGGAAGCACAGUCACCUCCACCACUGGGUGACGCUAAUGCACGACUGGCCUUAGAGCUGAGAAUCCGAGCGGUGGAAGAGGAAAACAGGGCCCUGCGCCAGGAGCUCAGUCGUCCUGUCAGGAACUCGUCUGCUUCCUAUACAAACCUCACAAGCAAAGGAAACCAGAGCCGAACUCAUUUAGAAGAAGGCACCAGUAACAAUGAUGGACAAAAGAACGCUGCUGUGGGGAACAACUCCAACUGUUUACAACAUCAGUUAGUGGAUAAGUGUGAGACUAUCCAUGUGGCCAUCGUAUGUGCAGGUUACAACGCAAGUCGAGAUGUUGUAACAUUGGUGAAAUCUGUCCUUUUCCACAGACGGAAUGCUCUUCAUUUCCAUUUCAUCACAGACUCUAUUGCAAAGCAGAUUCUUUCCUAUUUGUUUCAUUCUUGGAUGGUCCCUGCUGUCAGGGUGAACUUCUAUGAUGCAGAUGAGCUUAAGUCUGAAGUGUCAUGGAUACCUAAUAAACACUACUCUGGUAUCUACGGACUAAUGAAACUGGUCCUCACCAAGACGCUACCCAUGAAUCUGCGCAGGGUCAUUGUUCUUGAUACAGAUAUCACUUUUGCCACUGACAUUGCUGAGCUCUGGGCUGUCUUUCACAAGUUUAAAGGUAAGUUGAUGGAAAAAUGAUUCAUAUAACAUUUUUUCACUGAUUUCACAAAUUGCUUCACAAGAAGGGUAGCCCAACUAAAUACACAGCUCUGUGUAUUUAUCUUACACACUUAUCUCUUGUGGGGUUGUGAGGGGUGCUGGUAUCUAUCUCUAGUGGUCAGUGGGUGAGAGGCGAGGUACAUUGCGGACAGGUCACCAGUCCAUUUUAGAUACAGAAAAGAAAACAUAUAAAAGCUCAAGUCAAACAAAAGACUAAGGGGACUUUUUACGUUGUUGUAACAGGUUUAAGUCAGUUUCCCAUCAAUAUGUCAGCGCCUGCUCCGCACCGUAGGGGGUUAAAAAAAA